AUGUCUGCAGCUCCCCGGGACACGUAUCUGGUGAUUGGUGGCAGCGGUUUCCUGGGCAGACACAUUGUUGAGGCUCUUCUUGCCCGCGGAGACGCCGUGUCGGUUUUUGACAUCGUUCAGCGACACCAUGACGUUCCAUUUUAUUCGGGAGAUAUCAGCGAGGAGGGACAGAUCGGGGAUGCUCUCAGCAAGAGCGGGGCGAACUGUAUCAUUCACACUGCUUCCCCACCUCACGGUCUUGACGAUCCUGCGUUGUAUUGGAAAGUCAACGUGGAUGGUACGAAGGCGGUUAUUGCAGCAGCAGUUGCACAGGCCAUCCCAAAGCUCGUCUACACAAGCUCCGCGGGAGUUGUCUUCAACGGUGAGGACCUAAUCGACAUCGACGAACGUCUCCCUCCUCCCGCAAAAGCUAUGGACGCGUAUAACGAGUCAAAAGCCAAAGCGGAAGAAAUAGUCAUUGCCGCCAAUGGUAAAGACGGCCUAUACACAGUCGCGCUCCGUCUUGCGGGACUGUUCGGGCCUGGCGACCGGCAGGUUAUGGCGGGUUUCUACCAGGUCUACCAGCGUGGGCAGACUCAGUUUCGGAUCGGCGACAACACUAACCUCUUCGACUGGACUUACGUCACCAACGCUGCCUACGCACAUCUUCUUGCUGCGGAUAGGCUCGUCCCCAGAACACCCGCGCAGAUAGAGCAGCUGAAAGAAAGCUUGCACACCGUCCUCCCCUACAUCGACUGCACCAUCGGCAAGCGGCGCAUCCCCACGUCCGAGAGCCGCCUGAUCGGGCCUACCACCGACCUGACGCCCGAAGUGCUAGAGGCCGCGGCGAACUGGGAUGACCCGAACUACGUGCCUGCCCCACGGCCUGCGUUGCGAGGUCGGUUCGACCAGCUCGCUGAGAGCGCACUUGAGAGGGACGACGCGGCGGCGCUGCAGGUCGCGGGGCAGGUGUUCUUCAUCACGAACGGCGAGCCAAUGCACUUCUGGGACCUACCACGCAUGGCGUACCGCUUCUUCGACAACCAUUUUGGCACGAGCAAGACGCAGGGCGGCAUCAUACGCUUCCCACGCGAGAUUGGGAUGAUGCUAGCGAGUGCGGUCGAGAUGUGGUCGUGGCUGACGGGGAAGCAGCCUGGCUUGACGCGAUUCAGGGUCACUUUUAGCUGUGUUUUUAGGUGCCAUAACAUUGAGAAGGCGCGGAGGGUAUUGGGAUAUGAACCUCAAGUUGGUCUGGAGGAGGGCCUGAAGAGGACGCUUGAGUGGUGGGUCUCCGAGCAUGGAACUCCAAGAGUAUGA